GCCAACAAUGUCUCUUCCUCUUCCGUCAUAUAAUGACGAUCCCAAGUCUUUUGCUUAUCCUACCGUGCACAAAAGAUGGCCUACUAUUUUAGAGGGUGCCAUUGGUGAUAUUGCCUCUCAUAUCAGAAGCUUUCCAGAGGCCCAGAAAUGCGGCGAGAUUGUUACCUCCAAGAUCGAGAGUCUCUUGAAAGAGUUCCGCGCGGACGAGCCUGUGAAAGCUUUCACUGAAGAGGAAUUGCAAAUUAAGAAAGAGCUCAUUGCUUAUAAUUCUGAGUUGGAGAGAUACAACAAUCAGAGGAGAGUCACGUGGCUCACGGGUCCGUGGUUGUACUUGGAAUGCUACUUGUAUCAAUUGCUUGAUCUUUGGUUCAAGCAAACCAUCCAUCUCAAAGAGUUCGAUGUAUUCGAAAACUCAAAAAGCACCGCGUUUCAACAGUCUUCCUUCGGUGUUUUGGAGCUUUGUAAGCGGUACGAAACUUUGUCCAAACAGUUACAGGGUGCUUCAGUUGAUCAAGAGGCGUUGAAGCUCUUGUUUUAUGAGUUCAUUGACAUUUCGUUGUGGGGCAAUGCUACAGACUUGUCUCUUCUUGCUGGAAAUGUAACACUCGAAGAUAUCAAAAGUGUCCAGGGCGCCGAAGUGCGCAAGAAGAACGAGGAGAAAAUCAUCGUCAAUGACGCGGCCAAGGCCUGGCACCAAUUGACUGGGGACGCAAGAAAACGGGUGGACUUUGUAUUGGACAACUCCGGCUUUGAGCUCUUUGCCGACUUGUGUUUGUCCAUGUUCUUGCUUGAUUCUGGUCUCGUCGAGUCCGUCGUGUUACACUGCAAGGAAAUCCCUUGGUUUGUGAGCGACACUAUGCCAAAAGACUUUGAAAGCUUGAUUGAGCAAUUGAAAAAUGCCGAGUUCUUUACCGAAAUCCACAGUUCCGCCGAAGACAAAAAGGCAAUUGAGUUCUUUACUUCCAAACUUGAGGCGUUGGUAGGCCAACAGAAAAUCUCUCUUCAGCACAAUCUGUUCUGGACUUCCUACGAGAAUUUCUGGUACAUUCCAGAGAAGAGGGGGCUUUUUGAAGAGUUGAGGAAGUCGAGCCUUGUUAUAUUCAAGGGUGAUUUGAAUUACAGGAAGCUUACUGGAGACUUACAGUGGGACACAACCACUCCGUUUGUCACGGCCAUUCGACAGUUGGGAUCCUCGGGUCUUCCUGUUUUGGCCUUACGCACAUGUAAAGCCGAUGUGGUUGUGGGCUUGCCUGAAGGCUUGAAUGAAAAAUUGAGUGAGACAUACAAGUCCAUGGGAAACGACGUUGGGGAAUUCUGGACCGCCUCUGGAAAAUGGGCCGUGAUCAGUUUUAGUUCUGGACUUCCAUAAAUUCCGUUUAUAGUAAGAUUAUACCGUACCUAGAGAGAUGAUUGGCAUGGCAGAACCAGGGAACACUCGUAAAGAUUAUUGUUCCGUCACCGGUGCAGUCGCGGAGACUGGCUCCGAAAUGCAGAUGAAAGGCUCUCCAGUAUUCCAAGGAACGAGAUAGCAACCUGUGGCUAUCAAAUCACAGGAGUCCAUACUAGUGAUAAACGGAACAUAGAACUAGGAAACUAAAACCACGAGACCGGAGAUCAAUAUUGCAAACAUUU